UGUCCCUCGGACACAGCGGAUCACCGAUCACGGAAAGAGCCGAAGAUGUCGGUUCGGUCAUGUGAUCAUCUGUGGCACUGAUGAUCAGUGUGCCCUGAUGAUCAGUGUGGCCCCAGAAGUGCCACCUGUCAGUGUCCAUCAGUGCCAGCAGUCAGUGCUCAUCAGUGCCUCGUGCCAGUGCCCAUCAGUGCCACAUCAGUGCCACAUAUCAGUGCCUACCAGUGCACAUCAAUGCCACAUAUCAGUGCCCAUCUGAGCUGCCUUUCAGUGUCACCCAUCAGUGCCAGUCAGUGCCACCUAUCAAUGCCAAGCAGUGCCACCUAUCAGUGCUGCCAAUCAGUG